AUGGCUGAAGCAACUACUAAUAAAACAAAUAAUGAUAUUUAUAUUCCUUCUGUGAUGAAAGCUGCUCAACAAAGUGGUUUUGGAGAAGUACGUGAUGUUUUGACGCUCGAUGAGAAUGUCUAUGUGCCUCGUCAAUUAUCAUCUAAACAAAUUCUUGUUCGAGUUUAUGCCGCUGCAAUAAAUCCAGUCGAUUGGAAAGUAUUAAAUGGAAGAUUAUC